ACUUCACUCUCAGAAAGCACUUUUAAUCGGUUUGAGGAUUUAAAACUAUUAAUAGAGGCUCAGCUAAAGGAAUAUAAUGGACAACAAUUUGAAAAACUCGAUUUGCAGCAUUAUGGAUCACUAAUUGCAUGGCAUUUUGAUAAAACCUUCUGCAUGGUUCUGUCUUCCACAUUGCAACAGUUGACAGAACUUGCUCAGAAAUUUUUAAAAGGAGACAUUUACAUAAAUGGAGGCAUGGAAUUACUGAGAAUAGAAACUGUUGAUGUUGAUGGAAAACCAAAAAGCAUUCAAAGCAAUGACCGAACAAGACAAUGCAUCUUGCAAAAUGUAUUAAACACUGAUAAUCUACUACUACAUGCCUCUAUGUUUAAGGAGCUUAGUGACAAUACUUAUGAUAUAGAGAGUAAUGUUAAGCUCAAAGAUGAAGUAGAAUGUGUAGAAUUGCAAAAUGAUUUGUCUAGUACGAGCCAACAAAUGAAACAGGUGGAAGAACAUGAAAAAGUUGUCCCAGAACCUGCACCUGUUCAAGAGACCAAAACGAGUAUACUUAAACAUGAAGAAGUACAGGAUGUUAAAAAGCCUUUAAUUGCCAAACCUUCAGACAGAUUUAAAGUUAGUAAAACGACUCUAAAUGAACCACUUACAUCUAGUCCAAAAAUCCUUAAAAAUGGAACUCAUAGAUCUACAAUACUCCCAGAACCAGUUUUAACCAUAAGAGAUUUAGAACAAAGGCCUAUACAGACUGAUGAAGAAAUUAGAUCUCAAAGUAUUUCGAAAAUGACAGGGUCACCAAAAUCGGUCACUUUCAAGAGCCAAGUGGAAAUAUCUGAUGAAACACUUGAAUUAAGGAAAUAUGCAGGAAAGAUUAAACCACCAAAUAUAUUGGUGUUUUCUGAAAGUUUGGUAGCUGUUGAUAAUGUCAAGAGUGCUCUGAAGAGUAUAUUGCAGAAAAAUAAAUAUACAAUAUAUACUCUAACUAAACCACAAGUCAUGACGGACACUUGGAUGGACAAUGCUUUGCUAGUCAUAGUUUGCGGAACCGUUUCUUCAGAUGUUGCUCCUAGAUUAUUGAAUUAUUUACUAAAAGGUGGAAAACUGCUGUGUUUGUGUUCAGAUUUGAUACAUACAGUGCUUCCCACGUACAAAACUGCAGAGGUACGCGAGCACGAGCUUGUCCGUUUCUCUUAUGGCAGAUGGCAAAAUGUUCGAAUGAUGCAUCAUAUAUUUUGUUAUCAGGCUUCACCAGCACGAAAGCAUUUCAUGCAUGAUUCCAUUGAAGAAAAUAAUCAAUCUCAAGGAAGUUCUUCUGUUCAACCACGAGCUCCGUCCUCAAUAGAAGUUCGUGAUUCUUAUGGACGACCUCAUAAGUUAUCGGUUGAGGUUUUGGGUGCAGAAGAAACAUGGCACACGCCUAGUUUAUUGUUGGCCACAGCACUGCCCGAUCAGAAUAAUAAAUUGAGUGCAUCUUCCAUUGGAAGAGCUGUUUUUAGUCAGGUACAUUUGGAAGUGGAUCCCACACAGUAUGAAUCAGAAGAAGCAAAGUAUUCAGUUUUGAAGGAAAGCAAUGAAGCUCGUUUGGAAAUUUUAAGAGAUAUUUUAGGCAGACACCUAAACCUUCAGUGUUCUGAGAAUAAGGCUGAUUCUAUCAAGUCUCCGGUUGAAAGUUACACGCAUGCCUUCUUUUUGGGCAGACAUGAGUUAAAACUGUCUCUGCUUAAAUUUCUGGAAUCAAUGAUGGAUUCCAACCAAUCACUCAAAACAUCCAAAUUGACGCUGAGAUUUUGUGGUUUAGGUGAAACCCCACCUCCAGCCACGCAAUAUAUGUUGCCGAUCAGAGUACAUUCCUGUCCAGAUAAUUUUAGUACAAUUGAAUACUUUGGUAAUUUGAAGUCUGAACAUGUGGGGCGGUUGGUUAUCUAUUCAUCAGUCAUGACUAGUUCUCAGGACGUUUUAUCUGGUGUAAAACUUCAACAUGGUAUUGUAGUUAUACCAAGAUUCCAAACUAAGGGUUCGGGUCGCUCCGCAAAUCAAUGGUUAUCUCCCGAUGGUUGUGCUAUGUUUUCAGUUCAACUACAUGUGCCAUCUGAUUCACCACUAGGGCAACGAGCACCAGUAGUUCAGCAUUUGGUGGCUACAGCCGUAGUAUCAGCCGUUUUAUCACAGCCUGGAUAUGAGGACCUUGAUAUUGGUCUGAAAUGGCCAAAUGACAUAUAUGCUCAUGGUGCAGUAAAAAUUGGUGGCCUUGUUGUAACCAGCACUUUAGAUUCGGACAUCACUGUUUGUAAUGUGGGUUGUGGAGUAAAUUUGGAUAAUAGUGAUCCAACUACUUGUAUAAACGAUGUUAUUAAAAAGGUUUGUUAUAAACAAAUUACAUAA